AUGUCACGGACACGUCAGCCGGGAACGAAUCCUCAGCUCCAGACCACCACAGAGCCACGCGAUCCGUCCACCGUCCGCCUCACCGGGACCCUGCGACUGAGAGGCGACGAGACCCCGAGCACAAGCGAGCCGUCGACGGCUAGGCGCAUUAGGUGGAGUGAAGAUGUGGUGGAUAAUGAAGGAAUGGGGAAGAAGAGCUCCAAAGUGUGCUGCAUCUACCACAAAGCUCGCCCUGUGGGUGAGAGCAGCUCCGAAUCCGAGUCUUCUGACUCGAACUCGUCGGAUACCGAUAGCGAAAACGAAGUCGACCGCCGCAGACUCCGAGCAAACCGCGACCGUCACUUGCACCGUCGGGGCCGAAGACCGGCAGAGGGAGAAUCGUCAGAGCAGUUGCCAGAGCAAGAUCAAGAGGCUUGCUGCGGGCACCAUCCUACAAAACCCAAAAGGCGGAAGCCGAGUCCAAAUGCCUACGAGAAGAUGCCCAAGCCUUCAAAGAAUCCACCUCAUGGCACACAGUCUUCUGUGUAG